UCGAUUCACUCGACCAUGGCUCGCGUGGCCUUUGUCUUGUUCGUUGUCCUUUUGCUGGGCGUCGCCGGUCGGGCUCAGGAGGAGUUGCAAAACAAGGACUACAGUGACCAGGAGUGUGGACAGCGGCUGGCCGCGAAAGAAGGGCUGGUGAAGGGAGGCUAUCCGACGCGACCCGGCGACUGGCCGUGGCAUGUGGCCCUCUACCAGCGGGGCGUGAAUAGCGACGGUUUCGAGUACGCGUGCGGUGCCAGCAUCGUGCAUCGCUACCUGGUCAUCACGGCGGCCCACUGCGUCACGUACGCCGCCAGCCGACGGAAACUCCCGACCGAGAACUUACUGCUGAAGAUGGGCCGGUUCAAUCUAUCGAACGAGUUUGAGGAACACGCGGAAGAUUACGGCGUGAUCGAGGCCGUCGUCCACGUGGGUUUUCAACCGACGACGUUUGAGAACGAUAUAGCGAUCUUGCGAGUGGAGAUUCCGAUCAUCUUCAGCGAGUUCAUCCGGCCAGUGUGCCUCUGGAAGCGCGAUGAUGGCCAUGUGCUGCCUACUAGCGUGCAUGGGCAAUCCGGAACGGUCGUCGGUUGGGGUUUGACGGAUGAGAACCGCACGGGUGCCGUUCUGAACCAGGCCCAGAUGCCGGUCGUGGACUCGUUGACGUGUCUGGCAAGUGAUCGCACAUUUUUUGGCCGAUUUCUCUAUGCGAAAGCAUUCUGUGCUGGACACCGUAACGGUACCGGAGUUUGCAAUGGGGACAGUGGCGGUGGAAUGUUUUUCCAGUUCCAAAACCGAUGGUACCUCAAAGGGCUGGUUUCCUUCAGCAACACGAUCGAGGCGUCCAGUGUGUGCAAUCUGAAGCAGUACAUCGGCUUUACGGAUGCGUCUCAGUACGUUGACUGGCUGUACGAAAACACACCGAACAGUGGCAUCGACGAUCCGAUCCUCGGCCAUCCCAACAUACGGCUCAUCAACCAAGGCAAAUGUGGUCGCAACGAGCACGUGUAUGAGUACGGCGAGGAGCGAAAGCCGAUCUUCAAGCAAUACCCCUGGAUGGUGGCCUUGCGCCACCCGUUCCAGGACUCAAAUUAUGUGCCCUGCAACGGAGUGUUGAUCAAUCGUAACUACAUCCUAACGACGACCUGUGUCGAUCUUCAGGACGAGAUCAGUGUCACGCUCGGUGACUACGACACAAGCCAAACGAAAGACUGUGCCAUGGUGGACGGCAGUCAGCAGUGCAUCUCGUCGGUGCAAAUUGCCGCGGUGGGGCAAAUAUUUCGCAAAGACAAUCUCAUCCUAGCCCGGAUAACGAUCCCGGCCGUCAUCGGUAGGCGGGACUACGUCGAGGCGAUCUGCCUUCCGGUAACGCCACAGCAGCGCACUCGACUUCACAACCGCUACAUUAUGACGGGCUGGAAGGAAAGCGGGUCCGACGCGAGGAUCCUGCAGCGUGCCAUCCUCAACACAAUCGAUGAAACAAACUGUCGCGCUGAACUGCAAGCGUCCGAGUACGUUUCCGAGGAGUUGAAGCGUCUGGAUGAACGCACGAUCUGUGCCCGGAAUCUGAACAACCGGUCGCGAUCUCCGCAGUGCAACGAUUAUCAACCGGGUUCGGCCAUUCAGACGAUUGACAAAAAAUCAAACCGCUAUCUGCUGUACGGAUUGCAAACGGGCAUCAGCUACUGCUCGGUACCGGAGCGAUACAUAGCUAUCUCCAAGUAUCUUCAGUGGAUAUUGGAUAACAUUCGUGGAUAGACUCCGUUUUGCACAGGGUAGCAGGGCCACAGGGAAGUACCAGAGAACGCCGACCGAAAGAAAGU